UAGCUACAGUGGUUACAUUAAUAUUGCAUUCAGCAUUGAGUAUGUACUUAACACUUUGUUUGUGUAUUAUUGUAUGUUUUUCCUUGUUUCCCUUCCGUGCUAUGAAAUGCAUGUUACAAUGUCAUGAAAAGAAAACUGUUCAAAAAGCAAUCUGACAUAACAUACCACUUGCAAAUCAAUAAUCAUCCUACAGCAAGUUACAGCGUGAUUGCCCGCUGCCCCACAGCGAAUCGAACAUAUCGGUCGAAACAUGGCAACGUGGGCAGUUUCGCUCUGCAAUUCUCCCAUAGGUUUUGUUUUAGCAUUAUGCUGCGAAAUUAAUUUAAAAAAGUUUUGGCAUUAAACAGUUUAGGUGAACUAACGGCAUGUUAGAGGAGACUGUGUCGAGCAACAGAUGCCGCACAGUGAAAUAAGCCCUUAAUUCCGCUAAGUCUCAGGAGGGGUAACGACACAUAAUACAGACUGUGUGUGAUGACCAGUCGUAUGAGCGUUCCGUUGCUGAUGCUGUCACUACUUUGCCUUCGAAGCUAGCCGUGCACGGUCGUUGACAGUCCUGUCUGGGAGUUGGGACAAACAGCCAACACAAUUUUCUCGUAAUUUCUUUGGGAUGUUUUAGAAAUCGACGACCAGGCUUGUGUCAAUCACAAAAGGAUUUUUAACGGACCUGAGAAUCUCCUCGACUCUCACUCUUUUUACUCCGGUCAAAAAAUAAACCUCAGAAUUUACUUAAGUAAUUACAGUCGUGGAGGGACGGAAGGCAAUCCGACUUCGCCGGCAUGCCGCCCAAGAAAAAGGGUUCGGCGGGCCUUCAGGACAAUCACACUGAGGUGGAAAAAAAUGCAACGGUGCAAUUGGAAAAGGCAAAGUACAAACCCGUUGCGUUUGCUGUGCGUGCAAAUUACACCUACACUCCUGCAGACGAUGACAAUGUGCCCAUGCCUGGACAUGGUGUGACAUUUGAGGCCAAAGACUUCCUGCAUGUUAAAGAGAAGUUUAACAAUGACUGGUGGAUCGGCCGACCGGUGAAGGAGGGCGGUGAAGUGGGCUUCAUUCCCAGCCCGGUUAACCUGGAAACUAUUCUGAUCCGGCGAGAAGUGCAAGCCCGAAAGGCCGCCAAGGCUCUAGCCAAUAAAUUAGCUGCUGCUGCCGCCACGGGUGAUUCGUCCGCAAAGAAACCUCCCCCUCCGCCUGCAGCAGUUGGUUUAGAGGGCUUUGAGCUCGAGCCAGGAGACUGCGAGCCUCGUGCCCUGCCCCACUCCACUAGGGCCAGUCCCUCCUCAGUCCCGUCGUCCCCCUUAGGCAGGGAGAAAAGAGUGGCCUUCCUUAAGAAGGGGGAGCAACUGGCUGCAUAUGAUGUUGUGCCUUCCAUGCGCCCUGUAGUACUUAUGGGCCCCUCACUUAAGGGUUAUGAGGUGACAGACAUGAUGCAAAAAGCUCUAUUUGACUUCCUGAAACAUCGUUUUGAAGGGAGGAUAUCCAUUACUCGGGUAACUGCUGACAUCGCCCUUGCUAAACGUUCAAUACUCAACAACCCGGGCAAACAUGGCCUAAUAGACCGCUCCAACACACGGUCAAGUCUAGACGUCGCUGCCCAGAUCCAGGGAGAGGUGGAGCGGAUCUUUGAGCUGGCCCGCAGCCUGCAGCUGGUGGUGCUGGACGCGGACACCAUAAACCACCCACUCCAGCUCAGCAAGACCUCCCUGGCUCCCAUCCUGGUCUACGUGAAAAUCUCCUCACCUAAGGUUCUGACAAGACUAAUCAAGACUAGGGGAAAGUCUCAGACCAAACACCUGAAUGUCCAGAUGGUGGCCGCUGACAAACUGGCCCAGUGUCCAAAUGAGAUAUUUGACGUGAUCCUGGACGAGAACCAGCUGACUGACGCCUGUGAGCACAUAGCAGACUACCUUGAGUCGUACUGGAGGGCCACCCAUCCCCCAGAGAUGGAGCCUGUCAAUCCACUGCUGGAGAAGCUGGCAGAGAACACGCUCCCCAUCAGCCCCACUGGAGCAAAGGAAGAACCCAAAGCUAAGAAAAUGGUUGCAACCAAGCGGAAAGGAUCUCAAGAAAACAGCCCUGACCAGCAGCCCCCGGAGCAAAGAGAGGUGGAGGAGGAGAGGGUUGAGGAGGAGGAGGAGGAGGCGGAGGGGGAUGACGAAGAGAGACCGCUGAGAAGCAAGUCCAAGCAGCCUCAGCACGUCCACCACCACCACCACCGCCACCGCUCCUCUGCCGCCCGCCCCGAGCAGCACCAAAACCAACAGCCCCAGCAGCCCCUGGACGUGGAGCUGCUGCCGGGGAGGGAGUCCGUCCACUCCGAGUCCCGCCGGAGGGCCAUGCCCCCGGAGGAGGACGAGGAGCCAGGCGGAGAGGUGUACCACAACACGGUGACCCACAGGGACCACAACCACCACCAUCACAACCACCACCGCCACCACCACCACCGGGGUGCCAGCGAAGCCAUGGUGAUGGAGGACCAACACUACCAGGGCCGGGACUAUGAGCUGGAGCACAACGAGCGCAACAGACAACACAGGCAACAGAACCAGAUUCGCUCGCAGCACGAACACCACCACAGCCACCACAACCACUACCACUACCCUGGGAGGGAAAGGGACAGGGACCGGGACCGGGACAGGGACCGGGACAGGGACAGAGACAGGGACGCUAGACGCGGAGACGCUGGGGAAUGGUCCAGAGAGAUGUAUAUUCAUCAGUGAGUGCAGCUGCAUUUGCACAAAACUUUUGCUCUCAGGUUGGAGUCUCGCAUUUCCUGUCCCCUGUUUGGUUUGAUUUUGUUUUGUUUUGUUUUGUUUCUCCUCUCCUUGUCUUCCUCGUCUCAUCUUUAGCUGCGUUUGUCUAGGUGUCAUUCCACUGGUCUGGGGACAAAUGAACUUCAGACCCUACAUAGUGCCAGUGUUUGUGUAUAUCACAGAUUUUGUGCAAUGCAACAAUAAAAUUCAAUCAGGAGAGCCUAGUAUAAUCUACAGUGGUCAGUAUGAUCUGAUUUUUACUAUUCUUACAAAUCAGUAUAAAUGAAUAUAGCAAUUUGGGGAUUAUUAACAUAUCAGAGAUACCAAAAGUUCACUAUUUUAGUGCUAAAAUAUUGGCUAAACA